AUGGCCAAGCAUAAAGCUCCAGAAAAUAUUACGGUUUCAGAGAGGGUUGAACUCAUCCCUAUACAAGAUGGCAAAAAGAAGACAAAUCGGCAUAUUCUUGUCUACAAUCCAACAAUGUUCACGCGUUUGAAGUUGGAUAAACACUCUACAGGUUUGCUCCUGGAUAUUCUUCCAAUAAAUCCAGAGGGUUAUACGGUCAUUUCCUUGAGAAAUUUUGAGGACUUUUGUACCAGAUGGUCGGAAAAUAGGGGCCUGGUGAAGAUGGUGUGCUUUUACUACAAUAACCUCCGCAUAAGGUACUACUCAUAUUGUGUUUUACUUGGCUGCAAAAUAAAGAUUGUGGAUGAGGACAUUCUGUGCAACCAGGCCAUCGUAGGUUGCCACUGUGAAAUCAAAAUAGAGGAUACUAUUGUUGAGAUAGAGGGCAAUAUACCAAGGGUAUUUGAGUGGUUACACUUCUCUUUUCCGGAACAGUUAUCGCUUAUUGUGUCUGUGAAUGGUCUCAAAGUAGGCUCCUUCAAAACUUUUGAAAACUUUGUCCCGGACAUCCUCAACACGAUUGUAUGGAAUACUGAUUUUGACUUGGGACAUUAUUUUGAGGUUAACGAUAUACGAUUUCGUCCAAGGACAUUGGGUUUGGAUAGCGAGAGUUUCCCACACCAAACCGUCGACACUUCUAGAACCCGGCACCUAAGUUAUAAGGCAAAUGGUGGCCAGCUGAAAACUUGCACAGAAAAGGAGUGUAUACGAGAGCAGGGGAAGUAG